AUGCUAAACGAAGCACUGGAUAUAUGUAUCAAACUGAAUCAAUGGGAAUAUGCUGUUCAGCUGUCAAAAACACACAAUCUUCGUGAUGUUGAUCCGCUACUUAGUCGGUAUGCGGAAGAACUAACCGGAAGCAAUGAGAAAACUCUGGCUGCUGUUCAGCUUUAUCGACGAGCCGGAAAAUAUCUACAGGCAGCUCGCACUGUGUUUGAU